GGAUAAAAGAAACCCAUCUCUUUGUUAUCUCCGUGCACAGACAAAAAUCAACAACCAUGGGAGAGGUUGAUCCAGCUUUCAUCCAAGACCCUGAACACAGGCCCAAAAUCGCCUUCACCGAAGCUCAAGGCAUCCCAUUGAUCGAUCUUUCUCCUAUCUCCCCACAAUCCUCCGACAAAGUUUCUGCCGUCGACGAGGGCGUUGUUAGAGAGAUAGGGGAUGCAUGCAAGGAGUGGGGUUUCUUCCAGGUGAUCAACCAUGGGGUGCCUUUGGAGAAGCGCCAGAGGAUCGAGGAUGCGUCGAGGAAGUUCUUUGCGCAGAGCCUGGAGGAGAAGAGGAAGGUUAGAAGGAACGACAAGGAGGUGUUGGGUUACUAUGACACCGAGCACACCAAGAAUGUCAGGGACUGGAAGGAGGUGUUUGAUUUUACAAUAGAGGAACCCACCAUAAUCCCGGCUUCUCAUGAGCCUGAUGACAAGGAAGUGACAGAGUGGACUAAUCAGUGGCCUGAUUACCCAACUGAGUUAAGGGAGGCAUGCCAGGAAUAUGCUCAAGAGAUGGUAAAACUAGCUUACAAGUUAAUGGAACUGGUGGCUCUGAGCCUGGGCUUGCCAGGAGAUAAGUUCCAUGGCUUCUUCAAAGACCAAACAAGCUUUAUCCGCCUGAAUCACUAUCCACCUUGCCCUGCCCCUCACUUGGCGCUUGGCGUUGGUCGACACAAGGAUGGCGGUGGCUUAACCAUCCUUGCUCAAGAUGAUGUUGGAGGAUUAGAAGUCAAGCGGAAAACUGAUGGAGAGUGGAUUCGGGUCAACCCUACCCCGGAUGCUUAUAUCAUCAAUGUUGGUGACAUCAUUCAGGUUUGGAGCAAUGACAAGUAUGAGAGCGUGGAUCAUAGGGUGAUGGUGAACUCAAAGAGGGAAAGGUUCUCCAUUCCAUUUUUCUUCAACCCGGCACACUACACCUUGGUUAAGCCCUUGGAGGAGCUGACAAAUGAGCAAAACCCUGCUAAAUACAGAGAAUACAGCUGGGGAAAGUUUAUAACCAACAGAAAGCGCAGUAAUUUCCAGAAGCUCAAUGUUGAAAAUAUCCAAAUCUAUCAUUUCAGGAUCUAAUUAAGAGUAAGCUGAUCAUUGGAGGCAGUAUUUUGUAUUAUAUGCCAAGCAAUAAUAUUCAGCUUCUUGUAGUACUAUGUUAUACAAUGCUGUAAGUAUGAUGUUGUUCAUUGCGUAGAUAAGCAAUGCUGUAAAUAAGAAUAAUGGAAUAUGGGGGCUUGUCUCAUAAAAUCCUUUGUGUUAUUCUUUACGAGAUGAUAAUAUACGAAGUACAAUAGCAGGACAUAGAA